CUGCACGCUUCUCCACUCUUACUAUUACAUCUAUUUUUCUGUACAGCAAUUACGUUUUAACACUACCCACUAUCAUGCCGCGUACACGUGACAAGUUGAAGGACGAUGCUAGAAUCUUUGCGGGCAUAACCAGGUGUCUCAUAGGGCAGAUGAUCCGCAGCGAGCCAAUGAUGGCAAGAGGAAACGAUGAGAUUCUCACUGCCAGGGAAGAUAAGCAGCGAAUCCGGAAUGAAUCGCGCAGGCACAGCUCAGACAGAGCUGCCAGAUCCAGCGGUAGCAGUGGCCAUCCGACUGGUGCAUCCCACGGGGCCCAGUAUAAUGUCGAGCAAAACAGCGAGGUGGAUACUGGGCCAGUUGUCGAGAGGCGCCAGGAAGUAUUCCGCGAAAAAGACGAAUAUAGAAAUGCUGCUCCUAACCAUCACUGAUAUCCCGUCCCGUUUCGUUGACUCCGCGCACUCUCAUUCAGUGCCAAAAUCUGAGAUUAGGGCUGUGGACUGGUGGUCACAAAUGCGGCUGUAGUUUACUCCAAGCUAUUCAGUGCAAUGCGCCUGAAACGUCGUUCGAUGUUGCUGCGCAGAGAGUCGGUACAGCAGAGGGCCAUAUCCACGCGCGUUAUACAAGCUGGGCUGCUGGCGAAUAGACGACCAUGCCGUGUACUACAUGCGCAGUCAUUCUCGACAAUAUUAGUUAUUUGCAUGUCUCCACUGGAUUUACAUUC